AGCCCCCGCCCAGAAGGAGGCACAGCGGGCUGGGCUGCGGAUGGAGGGGAGCCGGACCCCUCCCCGGUACGGAUCCAUGGAGUCCACCCGGUGGCCGCCCGCGGGGCCAGAGGAUGAGAUCGUUUCCAUGGCUGACUCCACCACCACCAUCGAUGACAUCGAGGGAGAGCUCUUCAAAAUCGAGAGGAUCAGGGAGAUCCUGGUGAGGAGGGAGUCGGAGCUGCGCUACAUGAUGGAUGACAUUCAGCUUUGUAAAGAAAUCAGCCGGCUGAAAAAGGAGCUUCAAAAACUCAUUGCCCUGCCAGAGAACGAGAAGUCCAACGAGGAGAAGCAGAGGGAAGAAGAUCUGGUCCAACAGAUACACAAGCUGGUGGAAACACGGGAUUUCCUGGUGGAUGACGUGGAAUUUGAGAGGCUCAGGGAAAGGGAAGAAGACAAGGAAAUGGCAGAGUUCCUGCAAAGUAAGCUCUCCAAAAGCUACCUCCAGAAAGCAACUCCUGUCAAAGAGAAGAAGAUGACUUCCAGGGGACAGCAGACCUCGGCACCGUACAUGAGCAAGACCGGCCUCACCCUGCUCAAGGAGUGCUGCGGCUUCACCUGCUCCAUCAUGUAGCCAGUGCCAGCUCCUGGGCACGGGAAUGACCAUGGUCUCCAGCCAGAGUGCACAAUCUGCUCUCCUCCGAGAGAUUCCACCUCCCGUCAUUGUCCAUGCUUCCCACCGCGGCACCACCACCGGAGGGGCUUCCCGAGCGGGCUGGUGCAAGUUUGAGCGACCACAUCAGUGGUACCACGUCCUCCAUGGCAUCAACAAACUCCACAUCCCACCCGAGCUCAGCUUGGAAGGCGUGUGCGGCAGCGGCAGCAGAGCCCGUGGGCAAGAGACCGGCACAGUCCUUCACCUGGACACAGGGUUAAAAAAAGCACAUGUUUGGAGGACAUUGUGCUCCACCACCCGAGACGUGCUGUGCCCACAGAUGAUUGUCUCAUCCUUAGCCUUGUACAACCCUGUGAGUGUCUCCGGGACGAUUCCUGAGGACUCCUGGUGGGGAAUCUCUGCUUUGGGUUUCGCUGAGUUUGCCUUGGUUGUGUUGCAAGGUGCUCUGUGGCUCUGGGUAGAGCCAAGCAAAGGUGCAGGGCAGUUCCUGGAGCCUGCUGAGUGAAGGGAUGAUCCCUGUGGAGUUACCACCAGAGUGCAGACUGGGUGUGUGAAACUACAGGCAGAUGAGUUGCUUUUCCCACCUCACCACGACUGGAUUCAGUGCUCAGCCCCAAGAAAAAGGAAGGAGGUGAGAACAACAGGAGCAAAAUUCAGAGCAGGGCAACAUGCAGAAGGAAAGGAAAAGCCAGCAGGACACUGGAGAGAUGGCAGGGGAAGGUGGAGACAGCAGGUGAGAGGCUCUCAGUGCCAAGAGGGCGUUCAGUCCUGCCCUCCAGUGCCCCAGCCAGUAACUCUGGGAUUGGCACCAUGAGCUGGACACGGUCCUGUGCAAAAGACUCAGGGCACCCUGAUGUCACCCAGUGCCCCUGUUGUCCCUUCUGAGCAUCCACCUGUGUUGAGGUGGCACAGCCAGAGCUGCUGAUGCCCAUGGCAGUAGGACAGGAGCUUUCCUCCUCCCUGGGUGUGAAGGCCUCUCAGCCCUCCCACCCUGCCUGCCCUUCUGCCCUGUAACUGCUAUGGCUUCCUUGGGUGUCCUGGGGUGGCCUCCCCUUUGGGGAGCUGCCCAGGAGCUCUCACUGGCUUGUCCUUCAGCCAAAAUGCUGAUUCCCCCAGCUCAGCCCUGCUGCAGUUUGCUGCAGGGUCCUGAGAUGGUGUUCCUGCCUGGGUCACUGGUCACCGUGCCAGGGAGUUUGUCACAACGUCUGUGGCUUUUCCCAUUGCACCUGAUAGCACAUUCACCCUUACAAAGCACAAUGCAGGUGGGAUCCUUCCUGGGGCAGUGCCAUAAGCAGGUCCAAGUUCCUCAUUGAAUCACAGAAUGGUUUGGGUUGGAAGGAACCUUAAAUAUCAUCUUGUUCUACUUCCUGCCAUGGGCAGGGACACCUUCCACUAGCCCAGGUUGCUCCAGCCUGGCCUUGGACACUUGCAGGGAUCCAGGGGCAGCCACAGCUUCUCUGGGCAACCUGUGCCAGGGCCUGCCCACCCUCACAACCAAGAAUUUCUUCCUAACAUCUCAUCUAACCCUGCCCUCUGUCAGUUUGAAGCCAUUCCCUGUGUCCUGUCACUCCAUGCUCUCAUAAGUGGUAUCUCUCCAUCUUUCUUUUAGCUCCUUCAAGUCCUGGAAGGCCACAAUUAGGUCACUUCUAACCUUCUCUUUUCCAGUCUGAACAAUCCCAGUUCUCUCAGUCUUCCCUCAUAUAUCAGCACUACCAGAGAACCCAGUGCAUGAAACCUGUUCCCUAACCUUUGCAAGGGGGUUUCCACUCCCUUGUCCUUCCUGGGCAGCCUCCUCCAUCCCAAGAUAUGGAUCCUACCAGUAGCCAGAGGAGUCCACAAACUAAACCAGUCCCUCUGCCCACUCACAGGCCAGGGUGCAAGGCCCAAAUGAGCCAAAAUGAGACCUGCAAACUUGACUGCAGCAAACUUGACCUUGCUUUGGCUCGUGUCACCUCUGAGUUUACUUUAAUACUCCCUUCGAAGCUUGCCUACUUUGUGCUGCUCACUGUUAAUGCCCUGCAAACCCCUACACAACCAUCACCUGCCACUUUCUGGUGCUCCCCUUGCUUGGGGGAGGCUUCAGUGUGGACUGGUGGGAGCACCUGUGGAUCACAGGGGCAAAUGAAGUCACAGAGAGCUCUCCUCUGCUCUGCCCUCCCUGUGCAGUGGAGUGAGGUGCAGUUCACAGCUGGGGCUGCUGUCCAAGCUGUGAAUCACCUGUAGCAUCCAAUCCAGGAGCUGAUGGGACAGAUUGGGCCCCUCCCUCCCUGCUCUUCCAGAAACUGUCCAGUGGGUGCUUUGCUUGGUCACUCUGCAGUCACAAUAUGUGUGUUUGCUUUGAUCCACACAGACCAAAGGCUCAAGACCUAGAAGGCUCCUCUCACUGUCCUUGCCUUCCCAGGGCUGGAUGAGUAAGUGGACCAAUGUGUUUGGUUGGGCUGAGAGGGAGCCACAGGCAAGGAAGAGCCCUGGAUUCAGAACCUGCUCCCCUACUUCAUCCUUACCUGCAACCCACCAGGCCCCCAGAGCCAGACUUUGGCUGUGGAGCAGUGCUGGGCAGGCAGGGAAGAUGGGAAAGGUCCUGGCCUGUUCUGCUCUUUGUUUAUGGGCUGUGUUUGAGUGGCUGCUCAUGGAGGAGGGGACAGGCUGCUGGCCUGGGCAUGCUGGCCUGUGUUAAAAGUGAUGGCAGAGGUGCCCAGCACACGGGAGUGAUGCUGUUUCAUGUGCAUUGAUUUCAACCCAAACCAAUAAAUGUCUGUUGGAAGCUUGGUUUGUAGGUAUUUCCCCACCUGGGAGACCUUUUUUAGGGAGAUGGCUCAGGCUGUGUCACAGCAGGGUGAAACAGAAACCACAUCCUAAAAAGUCAGGCUGGACUUUGGACUUCCCUGGCAUUGCAGGAGAACAGAGCAGCUCCUGAACCCAACCCUUCCAUUUCUGGCCCUUAACAUUUCACUGUUUUUCAGGCUGCAAAAACCUUCGGAAAGGCAAGAAACUGCCUCCCUGGGUUAAUAUCCCUUACUGCUCAGGGUCCUGAGGAGUUAUCAGUAUCCUUCAGGAUACAUUUGUUCACUGGUAACAGCCUUCUGUCCUCACCAAGCCACAAUGGCACCGUUUACAGGCACCAGAUGCCUUCCCUGUGUGGCACCUGGCACUUGGCAGGAGGUCUGGGUGCACCACACCCUCCCUUGAAUCCCAGCUUUCCCCAUCCUGUAUCCCACCAUCCCAGUUCUCCGCAGGAGGAGGAGCUGGACCGGCAGGGCCUGCAGGCUGCAGGGUCUCGUGGUCUUUGGUGUUUCCUGGCCUUGGGAGGGGUGACUGAAGAACAAGUGAGAAGCACCUCAUGGUGGACAUGCAGGAGAGCACAGGGAGGUGGGAGAUGGGCUGAGUAGGAGCAGAGAGGCUGGACAGAGUCUGGGCUGUGCUGGGUCUCAUCAGCUGUGUAGGACCUGAGAAGCUUCCAGUCACUCAUGGGUGUGACCUGCUUCUGUGCCAGGAACUGAGAAAGGGCACAGGGAAGCUCUUGGCAUCCUCUCUUGGAUGAGGUGGCUGAAAACUGGAUGGGCACAAACAGGGCUCUAAUUUGGGUUUAAUGACCCCCAGGGUUGCUCAGCCUGGCAGGUGCUAAUCCUGGGGUUAACAGGCCAGCAGUGUCUCCCGAGGUCACCCCUGGAGCUGUGAGGUCCGUGCUGGCACUGGGCUGUCCUCCUGGCACAGUGCCUGGGAGGGGGGUAGCAGCUCUCCAGGUGAGAGCAUCCCAAGGCAUCUGCAGCUGACAGCGCCUUUCUGUGCAGUCAUGCUCUGUGCCAGAGCGUGUUCCUGUCACUCAGACUGCACAGGGGCCUCUCUGCAUCUGGUGGCUCUGGGAAAUGCCAUCACUGGUGCCAGGGCAGAGCUGCCCUGCAGAGCAGAGUGCUGGCACUGCUCACCCAUUCCCACACCGGUGGAAUAGCCAGCUAUUCCAGAGCAAAUGUUGGCAGAGUCCAGACUAAACCAAUAACAACAUCUCAGUGUGUUGGGGAUUUUCCAUCAAAAAGAGGCAAAACACUGCAGAUUUAGCCAAUACUUUACUCAUCUCCUCUCUGUGCCAAGAGAAAGAAAAAAACCCACCCAAACCCCGAAACCACCACACAAACAAAUCCAACCCCUGCAAUUCCCCAAGCAGAUGGCAGGCUGUUAAACACAAACAGCUUAUUUAUCAUCCUCAGAACUGAAACCCUGAUACCUGAUCAGGUAAUUUUAGUCUUUGCCUCCACAUCCCACGGCACCAUGAGUCACACUGGUUUGGCUUUGCCCAGGACAGGGACAGAGCUGGAAGGAACUGCACUGUAGUGAUGCCCAGCACACUGUGCUUGGGCACUGGGUCCUGCCACCUCCUGUGCUGGGCCUGAGGGCCCUGAGCCAGCAGGAUGGAUCCAGCAGGCAGGAGAAGGAUGGCCCAGGAAAGCCUGGCAACCCUGAGAGUCCCCUCUGUGGAGCAGGACCAGCACAGCUCCAGCUCGGCAUCUUCUGGCAUCUCACAAGUGGUGAGGGCAGAGCUUGUCUUUCUUCUGGUCUGGGGAUGCCUUGGCUGCUUUGCCUUAGCUGAGAGAGGGUUUCCCCCAUGUCCAGCUCCCCAGAGAAAAGAUCCUUGACAAAUUGGUGCCAACAGCAGCCCUGCCACCCAUCAUCUGCGCUCAGCGGUGCCA